UGGGCGCGCUGCGGAUCUUCUUGGAAGAAAGAGAAUAACAACAACAACAGCAGCAGCAACCCAGGGUCACUCACAGCAGCAGCAGCAGCAGCAACUGAAGGCAUUGACAGCUUUGCGUCUGGAUGUGAAGUCGUUCUUCGUGUGACAGAUCAACAGCAAGCAAUUCCGUCCAUGCGGUUACCUGACAAUAGUCCUGGCAGAAGUCAGUCAAACAGUGAUCCAGGAGGUGAAAACAUGAAUUCCAACGCAGAAGCGGACUUCUCAGAGUUCAUGUGGAUGGCUGAGGAGGACCUCGAAGCUUUUGACCAUAAGGUCAUUACUGAGGUGGCUCAGGUCAUGAUGCAGCAGACAACAGUGACCAACAAUGGAUGUUUAAGGGAAGAUGAGGAAGAGUUCCUCAGACGCAUGCUAGAGGAGGAAGAGCAGCGUGAUACUGUUUAUUAUUCAGAUUAUCUUGCAGAGAAGAGGAGAAAUAAUGCAACAGCAGAAUUGGAAUCAGAAAUGCAAAAGAUGGGAGUAUCGGAGGAUAUGGCCGCCAAAAGCACAUUGAAUCCAUACGCUGCAGAAUUUGUUCCCGGACAGAGCACGAGUGGAUCUUCAAACCCACCAGAUCUUAUCCCUAAAGUUAAUUCUGAAGAGGAAAGUUCAUGAGUUUGAUUGUGAAAUAUUUUUCUUUUCUGAACAGGAAACUGCUGCGAAGCAGAUUUUUAAAGUUAUAUAAAUUGCUUUAGUAUCAGUGUUCCUAGAAGAGUAGUACUGAAUUACCCUCAGUGAAGUUUGUUUAAAAUUGAUUGCUUAAAUGUUAACUACCCUAAUAGGUGUAGAUUGGCAGUUAUCAAGUAGUAUAGAGAAUCUGAACAAAGGUUUGGUAUUUUCUUAGAGUAGUAGUUUGUGUCAUGAACCUUUGCAUGAUUAUACAAUGGUUUUACUUCAAGUUUAUGUAAUGGUUUUACUUCAAGUUUAUGUAAAUAUAAAUUUUAAAGGCAAUAACUGAUGUUUUCAAGCAAAUUUUGAGGGCAAUUCUAGGAACUUAGGAAGGAACUUUUGCUGUAGCAAAUCUGCCAAGUUCAUGGUGGUAGUUUAUAGGACUAACUGUUGGUACAUGUGGUAUAGAGGAAAUUAUUGAAAAAAAAAUGGUAUAAAGAAAAUUAUUUUUAAAAAUUGAUGUAGAUAGCUUGUUCUGUUUUUAGUUCAUAUUCGUAGGUAUUCAAAUUGGGGCUUUGGUAAAUUAUUGCCAUGAACAUAUAAUUAGAUUUCACCCAGUGUGCAAAUUGCUACUAAGGCUUUUUAAUUUUUUUUUCAAAGAUAUAGCAAUGCUAGAAUAAUUAGGUUUCCUAGAUUCUUUUUGAAUUCAAAAAGGUAUCACCUCAGGAAACAUAUAUGAUUGAAUCUUAAAGCUCUUAAAUGUUUUAUUUGCUGGCAUUCACAUUCAAACUGUGAAUUGUUGGCAUGUGUGAUAUUACAUUACUUGCCCUGCCCCUGGAACAUUCACUUGUAUAAAUGGACUUGUCAGUUGUGUGUUUGUGCAAAGUUCAAAUGUAAAGGUUGUGGAUAUUUCACAGUCAUUUCACUAUCCCUCCGUCUAUUUAUGCGACUGAUUCAACUGCUUUCGAGUUUAGUGGGAGAGAAGUUAGUUUUUUGUAAAAAUUUUGUUAUACAUUUAAAAUUUAUGAACACUUAGUCUUGGAACUAAUUCAAUAGGUCAGUUAUUUUUUCAAAUGUGAAAAUUCACACUUUAAUCCGGAAUAAUCCAGAACUUUCAGCAGAGAUGAAGUAAUUGCAACAUAAUACUGCAUAUUUUAGAGAAAGAGAAAAAAGUUAUUUAGUAAUAAAAAAGCAACAAAGACGACUAUGCUAUCUUGCGCUAUUUUCAAGUUUUUAAUUGUCUAGAUUUUAAUAAUUAAACUAAGCACAUCUUUUAAAGUAGUGUACAUGUGAACUGGAGUACAGUACUCUAGUUGAAAUAUAGUAGGCUUCUACUUGCCAACUGAGUACUAUGAGGCACCUCUCAACUGAGGAUAUUAGAUCAAAGGUUAACUGAAGAAGCCACAUUAAAAAUCACAAACAUUUGUAUUGGUUUAUUUGUUUAUAAUGGAAAAGAUACUAGCUUAUGAAAAAAAAAAAUUUUUCACCCUAAUCAAGAAUGUGUUUUGAAGCCAGGAAUAUUACACUAAUGUUUUUUUAGGUGUGGCAUGCAUAAAAAAGUUUUUAAUCUUUCAGGUUUAUAAGUGAAAAAGAUUGUGCUUUUAACUUUGCAAAAUUGCCUCUAAAAAUAUUUUCAUUUCCUGUGAUAGGCUGUUAACAUGAGAGAUGAGGUAAUCUUGUUCGAUACAAAAUGUUUGUUGUUCAUGGUUACCACAUAUCCAUGAUACAGUUGUUGUAACUUCCAGAUAGAUAGCCUGAUCACUGUCUUUUAUUAGAAUAUGGACUAAUGUUGUUUAUAUUGGUGCCUGAUCAUUUUUUCAUGUAAAGCAUAGUGUCUAUAACUUUAAAUAUUGGAAAUUUUUUGGGUGUAUGUAUCUGAAGUCUUGAUGUUUUAGAGAUCUCUUGUUUGUAGUAAAUAGUGUUAUGGCUCCAUUUAAACUUACACUAAAAACUGGACUUACAUUAUAGGCAUUGAUUAUAAUAAAAGGGUUUUUUGGUAAAUAUGUAAUCAAGCUUGAAUGGGUGCUCCUGAAAUUUAUCAUACCUGUAGGUAUUGUGGUUUCAUAUGAGGACGAGUCUUCAUUCCACCUUAAUUGGGAUAAAAAAAUCAUUUGCCACGUAUUGAUGCCUUUACCAAGAGAUAGGUUAGUAUUAUGUAUAGGUGUUGAAUCUAUCUUGGAAAGACAGUAAUACUUUUAGUUUCUGAUUUCAAGAUAACUUCAUGAAGAUUUGAUUGUACUACACGUUAUAUAUACUCCAUCCCUCAACUUCUCCCUCUCCUCACAGUAUUGGUUAAAAGAUGCAAAAGUUAUGGUGAUUGUAUUGUAUGAUUGCUGCCUUUUCAUCAAGGUGCAUGUCUUAAUUCUUUUUACCGAGCAAGUUUUUCUUUCGUGCAUUGCUACUCUAAUUAAAUCUUACCCAAAAAAGUUGCCUUGGCUGCUGUUUGCUGCAUCUUUCUAAAAUCAAAAUCUAUUUUACCUCUUGUAUAAUUCUAUUGUCAUUAAUACUGUACUGACAUUUUGUAAAUUAUCAUCUGGAAUAGAUUAUUUAAAAUCCA